GGUUGUAGUCAUAUUGUAGUAUUACUAAUUGACUCAAUAAUAAUCAAAAUCCAUUAGUCAUCCGUCGACUCGUACUCUUCACUGACAACCCAUAUUGAUCACUACUCACUCGUAUUGCAGUAUUCUAAUAUUAUUUUCGUUACUCGUUGGUGGUUACUGGUUCAGUCAGUGGUCACACGUUUAGUACUGUUUACUGUCAUUACUCGUUCACUAUCCAACUUAUUUUAUUUCGUUUGUUCAAUCUUAACUUUGUUCCACGUCCAUAUAAAAAAAAAAAUUUCUAAUCCCAAUAAUCUAUAAACAUGAGCUAUCCAGGAUAUCCUCCUAACAAUCAGGGAUUCCCUGGCCAUCCUGGAGUGCAACAACCUGGCUCCCAGUUACCCUAUCCACAAUGCCCCGGAGGUAAUGUAGGACAACAAGGGUAUCCAAUGCCAAGUGCUUAUCCACCAGGUCAACCCAGCUACCCCCAACAGAGCCCAUACCCUCCUCAAGUAGGUCAAUAUCCACCGCAACAGCCCGGUCAGUUCUUACCUCAGUCAGGUCCAUAUGCUCAAAAUCCAUCCAUGUAUCCAUCAUCUGCUGUACCAAGCCAAUACCCAUCAUCUAAUGUAGCAGGUCAAUAUCCUUCCAUUGUACCAGGCCAAUUUUCCUCACAGGCCUCUCCAUAUCCAAAUGCCCAACUGCCUUCUGUUUACGCACCUCAGUCUGCUGCCUACCCAACUCAAUCAGCCUACCCAACUCAAUCAGCAUACCCACCCAAUCAACCAGCAACUUCAGUUUAUCCGAAUAUGACAGCAGGUGGUUACGACGGUGGUUCUCGAGUUCCACCACAAGCAGCAUAUCCACCUGUUAGCACUCCUGCUCAUUACCAACCAUUGAGCAGCUCACCUGCUCAGAAAAAGUCCAAUCCAACGGUUCGUCCAGUCACUCCAUUUGAUCCACGUCGUGAUGCUGAAAUAUUGCGUAAAGCUAUGAAAGGGUUUGGAACUGACGAAAAAUCAAUAAUACAGGUCUUAGCCCAUAGAGUUAAUUCUCAAAGACAGGAAAUUGCAAUUCAAUUCAAGACUAUGUUUGGUAAAGAUUUAAUAUCUGAUUUGAAAAGUGAACUGAGUGGAAAGUUUGAAGAUCUGGUUGUAGCACUCAUGACACCUACUUAUGAUUUUCUUGCUAAAGAAAUUUACAAUGCUAUUGAUGGUAUUGGCACUAAUGAAGAAACAAUAAUUGAAAUCAUAUGCACUGCUUCUAAUGCUGAGAUUAAUAACAUAAAAAUGGCAUACCAUAAAUUAUUUGGUAAAGAUUUAGAAAAAGAGCUUAUGGGAGAAACUUCAGGAACUUUCCGCAGAUUAUUAGUGUCGCUUUGUCAGGGACAACGCAAUGAAAAUACAUUUGUUGAUGUUGCAUCUGCACAAGCUGAUGCACAAAACUUGUUACAAGCUGGUGAACUACAAUUUGGAACGGAUGAGUCUACAUUCAACAUGAUCUUGUGUAGCCGUAGUUUCUGUCAACUACAACAAGUAUUUUUAGAAUAUCAUCGUCUAACUGGAAGAGAUUUUGAAGAUGUUAUCAAAAGUGAAUUCAGUGGAGAUAUUGAGAAUGGGCUUAGAGCAAUUGUGAAAUCCGUAAGAGACAAAAGUUCAUACUUCGCCAAACGUUUGCAUGAGAGCAUGGCUGGUUUUGGCACAAAUGAUAAAUCGUUGAUUCGUAUUGUUGCAACUCGUUGUGAAAUAGAUAUGGUUGAUAUUAAGAAUGCUUACAUGUCGAUGUAUGGGAAAUCUUUGGAGGCUGAUAUCGCGUCUGAUACUAUGGACGAUACAUCAGGUGACUACAAAAAAUGUCUGACAGCCCUAGUUGUUGGCUAAAAAUAAUGAUAUACGUAUAAUCUUAUUAUGCAGUAUUCAAUUUAUAUAAUCAUUAAAACAUUUUACGCCUUUUAUAAUAUUUAAUUUCAAAAUAUGAAAUUGAUAUUUACUAUUUUCAUUUUUGUUUUUUGCAUUUAAUAUUGAUAUUACUGUAUACAAGAUUUAAAUUUCAUAAUUUAUUCUUUUUUUAUCUACUGUGACUCAUAUAAAUGUUGGUAUUUAAUAGUUAAAUACUUUGGGCUUGGGUAUUUAAAAAAUAAUGGUUUAUUUUUAGUAUUACAUAAAUAAAUCAUAUAUCAUAAACAUUUCUAUUUUUUUACCACUUAACACACGGUAUACAUUUAAACUCACUUUGCCAAAUUAAUAUGUAUUCAUUUUCAUUAUGUCAAUUUGUUUUUAUUAUUAUUAUUAUUAUUGAAGAUUUGUUAAUAUUUUCUAUAUUUUCUAUAUUGUUAUUUAAAUAAACCAAAAUUAAAACUAUUUGCCAAAUCUGCUCGAUAGCUUAUAUUAAUUAUAUAAUUAUAUUAUCUAUUACAAAUACUUUAGAUUUUAAUCAGGGUAAAUACGUGCCACUCAUUGACAAAUAUUGUAAAACACUAAACGAAUUUUAUAAACUCAAUGUUUAUGACUGUAAAAAGUCUAAAAAUUGGUGCUUGAUCAUUUAAUAAUAAUUUGUUAUUAUACUUAGAUUAUUAAACAAAUUAUAAUUGUCUUAUUAUUUAUGUAUUAAUAAAUGCGUACGAUGGCGUUGUCAACUUAUUACUAUUAUUAUUUAUUUAUAGACCCUAAUUACUUGUAUUGUAUAAUAAUUCUUUUGAAGUAGAAUAUUUUUAAAUUUAAUCAUUUACCUUAACAUUUCUAAUUUAUUAAAAUAAUAUCAUGGUGUUAUAAUUAUGUUAUUCAUAUGACAAAUUUCAAUUAUGAGACUAAAAUCAACAAUUUAAUGUUUAACCCAAUAACAUAUUUUGCAACGUCAUUGUCUUAUUAGUUAUUUGUUAUUGUACUGUUAAUAUUCUACAAUGUGAUUUUUGUUUUACAAUUUAUUCACUAUAUUUAUGUUAUCUAGUUAAAUUAUAUUUCAGUUUUAAAACUGUUGUUAGCGCUUUUUUAGAACUGAUAUUUAAUAAAUCUUAGUGCUUGGUAAAGGCUUGUCACUCAUGUGGCGGAAGGCGGUAAAAUGAUAUUGUCUUGGUGGUGGUGAAGGUGAUAAGUUGUGUCCGACUGCAUUUUACCGCUGCAUAUACAAUUAUAAUUGUUAAUAGUAAAAUUAUUUUACUUAUUUAUGUCUACAUUUGUAACUAGUGAAUGUUAUUCCUAUUUUAAAAUUUAUAUAAAGCUGAUUUUAAUAUAACUAUAAUGACUUAC